AUGGGUGAAUGUGUCGAAAAUGCUUCAGUAAUUAUUUGUUUUCUCACACAAGCUUAUCAAAAUUCAGAAAAUUGUCGAAUAGAAUUAACAUAUGCAAAACAUAAUGAUUUAACAUCAGGAAGUGUAAAAAUGCUUGUUGAUGAACUUGAACAAAAUAAAACUUUAACACAACUUCAUCUUCAUACUAAUCAUCUAGAUGAUAAAAGUGUACAAUAUUUGGCUCAACUACUUACUGGAAAAAAUACGACAUUGAUUUGUCUUGGUCUAGAUGAAAUAGAUCUUACUGAUAAAGGUGCUCAAAUAGUUUUUAAUGCUCGUCGAACUAAUUCAAGUCUUAAAACAUUAUAUCUUACUAAUAAUAAAUCGAUUACAGAUGCAUCAAUUGAUUCAUUCAUUCAAAUGCUUUAA